AUGGCAUAUGAUCAUCAUUAUGCCGUCUUCACGAGCUUCAUAGCUCUAGCUCUCAGCGCAUGUACUCUCACAUUAGCCAUGGAUGCUCUUCAGGAUUUCUGCGUGGCCGAUCUCAAGGGCUCUCCAACCAUCAACGGGUUCGCCUGCAAGGAUCCCAAAACUGUCCAAGCAAGCGAUUUCUCCUUCGGUGGCCUCCACAUUCCUGGCAACACCUCCAACGCAUUUGGCUCUAAAGUCACUCCCGCAUUCGUGACCCAGAUUCCCGGACUCAACACGUUCGGAAUCUCGAUGGCUCGUGUGGAUUACGCGCGUGGAGGGAUCAACCCUCCCCACACGCACCCUCGAGCCACCGAGAUUCUCACGGUCAUUAAGGGCACGCUCGAGGUUGGUUUCGUGACGUCGAACCCUGAGAAUCGCCUCGUUUCGAAAGUCCUUCGCAAAGGUGAUGUGUUCGUCUUCCCGAUCGGGCUGGUUCACUUCCAGCGCAACACUGGGCAUCGGAAUGCUGUGGCUAUUGCUGCGUUGAGCAGCCAGAACCCGGGGGUUAUUACUGUUGCUAAUGCGGUUUUCGGAUCCAAGCCUGACAUUCCUACUGAUGUGCUUGCCAAGGCGUUCCAAGUUGAUAGGAGUGUUGUGCAGAAACUUCAGGCCAAGUUCUGA